CAGUUUCUCGCUUGCUCCACGCACACCAUGGCUACUACUAAUGGCAUGGCGGACGCCGAGGACACACGUGCCGUCUUCUUCUUCGACAUCGAUAACUGCCUCUACACCAAAGCCUACAAGAUCCAUGAACACAUGUCUGUUCUCAUAGACAACUACUUUCAAUCACACUUGUCCAUGUCACGCGAAGACGCCACUAUGCUGCACCAAAGGUACUACAAAGAUUACGGUCUUGCGAUCGAGGGACUGGUACGCCACCACAGAGUCGACCCCUUGGAGUACAACGCCAAAGUGGACGAUGCAUUGCCUUUGGACGACAUCAUCAAGCCAGAUGACAAACUGCGAAGGCUGCUUGAAGAUAUUGAUCGACAGAGAAUCAAGCCGUGGCUGUUUACGAACGCCUACAUCAAUCACGCAAGGAAAGUUGUCAAGUUGCUUGGCGUGGAGGAUCUAUUCGAAGGCAUAACGUUUUGCGAUUACGGAGCCGAGAAGUUGUUAUGUAAACCCGAUCCUGCAAUGUUUGACAAAGCAAUGCGGGAGGCUGGGGUGGUGGAUCCUACGAGCUGUUACUACGUGGACGAUUCGGCGUUGAAUUGUGUUGGAGGGAAGAAAUAUGGCCUGAAGACGGUUCAUCUCGUGGAAGAGGGCUCGAGCUCACCGCCCGAGCCGGCGUGCGAUCAUCAAAUUAAGCAUCUGGAGGAGCUGAGAGCGCUGUUUCCUGAAGUGUUUAGGACGGGAUCUUGACUGCAAGAACUUGGAGUCAAGCGAACAACGAAGUACAUCGAUGUGGCUACCGACAAGCCGCAGCGACACAGGCAAUAUACGACAAGGCCAAGCAGUUUUGCUACGAGGUCAAACAGUGGUUGGCACAGGCAGAUGUCGACUCGAUCUCCAAAGACGGCAGUUGGCACGAUAAAUGUCGGAUCGACUCAGACUGUACCGGUUGAUGGCAUGCGGUAUCACAUUCCCAACCCGUGCUUGACCUCUCGCCCGGAGAAGGCACGACAACUACGACCAACUGUGGCACUUGCGAG